GUUCAGUUCCCGUGGCGCGCUGUUUGCAGUAUAUAAAUAAUCGUUUUUUAAAAGUUAAGUUGCGCUUAUGUGUUUUUUCUUUGGGUAAUUUUAGAAAACACACGUUUAUUGAUUUAUUGCACUUUAUUGAUGCGAGGGGACGUGGUAAGAAACCGUUGAAAAGUGUGUGUUUGAUAAUGGAGAGGUUACACUCGGGGGAUGAUCAAGCUCGCCUGUCACACCGCGGAAAGAUAAUAUCAUUUCACCUCUUACGAGAGUCAACUACACCUGAUACUGCAAAAAUGGAGUUGAAAUUCUGCAGUUAUUCAUUUGAUCCAGCGUGCAAAACGUUCUGCACCUCGGGAGAGGGGGCGGCUGUCAUCAGCAGCAGCAAGAUAUCAGCACAUGUGGACAUUGUGAGCUGCAGAUGUGCAGGAGAUGUUCAGCACAGGGACAGGACGCCCUGUGUUUUGAUGACAAAGAAGAAGGGAAAAAGCUUUAACUACAGACUUCUCACACUGAUUGGCUCUAAUCAGCUGCAGACUCGUAUUGAGUUUAAACUGCCUUAUCAGAUAAAGGACAAAGUGUGCAUCCUCGGGGGCCCCACAGUGCUGUGGAGUCACGAGAACAGUGUGUUUUAUACAUCUCUGCAGACUAAAGGGGUCAGAAAGAUACCAGGUCAAAUUUCCCACUGCAUAUUUGGAGAACUGCCCCUCCACAGAGGACAGAUAUUUGUUCUGGGACUGCAAAACAUCUCAAAACAAAGCCCAAACAAACCCACAAGCUCAACAUUUGGGUGUUUUAUUGGAGAUGAAGAAAUGUUUGAUGGCGGCCUCAUCCUGCCUCAUCCCUACAUCAGCAUCACUCAGUGCAUCCUGGUGCUCGGGGCCGACAGAGGAGAAGAUGUGCUGAAAUGUACUCUGAUUGCAGCAACUUCCAAUCAGCAACUUGUCUAUUUUGAGAAUGGCAUGGUGAAAGAUGUGUGCCAACUACCCUUUGAGCAAGCCAAAGAGAUUCAGAUGGUUAACACGGGGAGAAACGGCUCCCUUUUUGUCAUAUUAUUUCACCAGGGCAACGUUUGUGCUGUGUGGAAGGAAACAUUGCAGAUAGCCUGCCAGUGGUCAGGUGUCAGUUCUGUACACGUGGAGGACUUUCUGGGAUGUGGAACAGAACAAAUGCUGCUGGUGUUCGAAGAUCAAGGAGUAGCAGGAGAGCCGCUGGGGAAAUUCCUCAUUACUGACCUCUGUGGUGUUUCCUACUCUGGUGAUCAAGAUUCGGAAACAUCAAAGACGGCCCCUCCUGCACCAGAGAAUUACCUGCUCAUGCUUCAAGCGUUAGAGUCCAGAUUACAGAAUGGGUUGAUUGUCCUUCAAGAGCUUCAGGGAGAGCUGAGAGUGAAGGACAGAGUUCUUCAGCAGUCCAUUCAGGUCCUCGGGGAUGUGGUUUCAGGAAGGGAGACGGUUCUGAGCCAGCAUGAGCAGGAAGCUCUCGUCGCUCUCUGGGACUGUGAUGACGAGUCAAACGAUGGAACCUUGGAUGACGAGAUGCAGGACGCGCCAGCAGCGGCUCCAAGACCUCAAGUUGACAAACUCUGGCAUCGCGUCACGGAGGACCGCCUGGUCGUGGGAGUGAUGCUAACCGCUGACGUCGCUGCACCGGUGAGCGGCGUGAGCUUAUCCCUCCUGACAGCGACGGGCCGGGGCUCCACGCCCGCGGUCAUCCAGACCCGGAGCCAAGUGUGGCAGCUCGCUGCGCCGGGCCCCUCGACGCCACCACCCUCCUCCUCUUCCUCCUCCUCCUCCUCAUCUGCCCCCGCGGCCAAACGAAGCAAACGCCACUCUGCCAGCGAUGAUCUCAACACAUGCGGACUGGCCGUGACUGCGGUGACCGAGCUGGCACCUCUGCUGAACUCCGGCUCGGCCAAGUGCCGCGUCAUGCUCCGUUACGUGCAGAAAGCAGAUGCUCCUUCCCCCGUGAGCGGCCCCACACCCGCCGUCCUGCACUGUGGUGAGGUCGCAGUAGACAUCCAUAACGUUUUCCAAACCCGGAUGUUGAAACCUCAACACGAACCAGAUGAGCUUAGAGAGGACUUGCUGAGUCUGCUGGCAGUGCUGGAUCGCUGGGUCUUCCUCAUAGACUCCCCUGAUUACAGCUUAGGUGACAUGGAUGCCUGGAUGCAGAGAGCGGGCUGUAAGAAGAUAGACGUGCUCCCUCGGUAUCUGCUGUUAGAGUCUGCAGGACCAUCGGCUCUCACGCUGCUGCGCUGGGAGCAUGACAGCCCUUUCCAGGGGGAACUGUCCGUCCACUGCAGCCAGUUACAGAUGCUCCGGUUCUUGGACUCGCUGACGGCGUUCCUUCCUGCUUCCUGCUUCAUCCGGCCGGUCAGAGGCUCCAGCGGUCGGAGUGCAGACCCGGCGUUUCCUCUGGCUCUGGAAAGAGAGGUGUCGUCCCUGAGGGAGUGCGUCUCGGCCCUGCUGUGUGAAGGAAGUGAAGAGGAGGAGGAGAGUGGGCGGGACGCCGGACGUGAGGACCAUCCCGAGCCCGGCUCUGCAGACGGGCUGCGAAGCCGUCGGGAGCUGUGGCGACAGGACGUGGAGAGGAGCAGGAGGAGGUUGAGCCCCCUGGUGGAUGUGCAGAGGUACCGGGAGCUCGUCCACAACACGUCUCAAACCCAGAUCAACUGUGAUCUGGCAGCUCUCCUUGAUGCUCAGAGGACUUUUCUCACCUGAUAUCCUGCAGACGUAUGGAAGAGUAUUAGGUCCAGGCAGGAGAAAAAUAAAAAUAAUAUUUUAGAGGAGGAAGAUUUUCUUUUUUCAUUAUGCACUUUGACAAAAAAGCCGAAAUGUCGAGAAAAAAGUCAAAAUGUUGAGAAUAAUGUUGAAGUGCAAUUCUGAGAAAAAAGUCGAAAUGUAUUUCAACUUUACAACCCACUUGGGGUUUGAUAAGUUUCUAGUUUCAAAUUUCAACUUUCAAGCUUUAUUAUCAGAUAUGUAUGGAAGAGUAUUAAGGCCAGGCAGGAGAAAAAUAAAAAUAAUAUUUUAGAGGAGGAAGAUUUUUUUUUCAUUACGCACUUUGAGAAAAAGUCGAAAUGUCGAGAUUAAUGUUGAAGUACAAUUUCGAGAAAAAAGUCGAAAUUCGGUGAAUAUAGUUGAAAUGUUGAAGAAAAAGGCGAAAUUUUGACUUUAUUCACGAAAUUUCGACUUUAUUCUUGAAAUUGUAUUUCAACAUUAUUCUCGACAUUUCGACUUUUUUUCUCGACAUUUCACCUUUUUUCUCGAAGUGCACAGUAAAAAAACAUCUUCCCCUCUCAAAUAUAUUUUCUCCUACAUGGCCCUAAUACUCUUCCGUACAGACGUGAUUAUUUAAAACCCCACAGAGACUUUGUAUAAAGGUGUUUUUGCCCAUUUCGCGCUGCAUCUCUGCGUUGCCAUGCUUUGACCUCGUUUGUGUGCGUCUGCUCAUUUAAAAGUCCACGAAUGACCUCCUGCUCUUCACAGCCUUGGUCUUAGGUCGUCCAUGCUGCUCAUCUGAGUCAUUUCAUGCACUUUUAUAUUCCGUCUGUGUACAAAAGCUGUCUUUAGUAUCCGUCGGUUAUGCCUCUGCGUGCCAUUGUGCAGGAGAUGGAGGCUAACGUUCCGGAUAAAUGCAGCGGGUGGUGGUUUCACAAAGCUUUAUACGUUUACACGCUGCCGGUGCUUAUCCGACAGCUUUCAGUGCUCCUUUCCCCUCAAAGUUCUGUUAUUUUAUUGUGGCUACCAGGUUUCUUCACUGUAGUUACUAUACCUAUACUCAUCUCAAUGAAAAUCAAUCACAUCGCCACCUUUGUUGGAAACACGAGGUCCGUGGCAGCGUGAGGACUUUCAGGGCUGAAGGAAACCAUCAGGUUUUACUUUUCUUCUUCCACCAGGUGUGUUUGUUACGACGGAGUAUUGGGGCCAAACUAAGACAAAAAUAAAUGGAAAUUACGAAAAUAAAUUCAUAAUAAUAUGAGAAUAAAGUCGUAAAAUUACCAGAAUAAAGUCAUAAUGUUGUGAGAAUAAAGUCGUAAUUUUACGAGAAUAAAGUCUUAAUAUUAAAUAUAUUAUAAAUAUAUAAAUAUAACUUCACAAGAUGCUCAAUAUUUCUCAUUUUAACACAGGGAGAAGAUGCUCUUCCUGUUAGAGUUCUCAUAAAU